AUGGAGAGCCCUUAUACAGACGAUAGAGCUUUGGUGACAGAUGUAGGAAUCAUUGGCGCCGGCUUCAGCGGCUGUUCCGCUCUCCACAAGCUCCGACUGCUGGGAUUCACUGCAAAGGUCCUCGAAGCAGGGAGUGAUUUCGGAGGCGUGUGGCACUUCAACAGAUAUCCAGGGGCUCGUGUGGACUCGGAAACCCCGUCGUACCAGUUUAAUAUCGCCAAAGUGUGGGAGUCGUUCAACUUCACUGAGCGGUACCCCAGCCACGAAGAGCUCAAAAAAUACUUUACCCACGUGGACGACACUCUCGACCUGCGAAAGGAUACAGUCUUCAAUGCGAGGGUGAGGGAAGUACGCUACGAUGUGCGGGCUAGAACAUGGUCGCUGUCGACCACAAACGGCCUCAGAUUGACGUGCCGCUUCGUCGUGUUCGGCACCGGAAGCCUGACCAAGCCGUACGUGCCCGCCUUUCCGAAAUUGGAUGAGUUCGCCGGGCAGGUCAUCCAUCCUAGACACUGGCCUGACGGCCUCGACGUGAGAGGCAAGAGGAUCGGAAUCAUCGGUCAAGGUGCAACCGGUUUGCAGAUUGUGCAAGAGCUAGCGAAACAGGAUUGCGAACUGAGCGUGUUCGUACGAAGCCCAUGUAUUGCCGUGCCGAUGCGUCAGCGAAGCCUACCUUUCGAGGAGACGGAGCAGAUGAAGAAUCUGUACGAGGGGAUCUUCCUCAAGGCAAAGUACGGCUCUGCGUCCGCCCUCCCCUAUAACCAGGGCUACGGCAAGUUUGGAGAAGCCACCGAGCUGGAACACAAAGCCCGAUAUGAACGACUUUGGGCCAGGGGCGGGCUGGCGCUGACGUGGUCCAACUAUGUCGACAUCAUGAAAGACGAGGCGGCCAACAGCAGCCUUUACAACUUCUGGGUGCAAAAGGUGAGAUCACGCAUGUCAAACCGCGAAAAGAUGGACAUCGUCGCCCCUCUACGUCAAUCCGAGCAUUUUGGGUGCCGGCGGGUCAACCUAGAAGAAGACUACUACGAGAUGCUCGAUCGGUCGAACGUCGAAGUCGUGGACCUGAAGGCUCGACCGAUCCGUGAAUUCCACCGGGACGGCAUUCUUGUCGGCCGUCAUCUACCAGCUCAGUUAAUUCCGCUAGACAUCGUCGUCUUCGCAACGGGCUACGACUCGUUCACGGGUAGCCUCUUUGACAUGAACAUCUACGACAAACACGGCGUGCGGCUCCAAAAAAGGUGGGGCGCGGGCAUCUCAACAUAUCUCGGCAUGGUUGCUGAUGGACUGCCUAAUGCGUUCUUCUUGUACGGGCCGCAAGCGCCUACCAGCCAGGCGAAUGCGCCGCCGUUCAUCGAGUUGCAGGUGGACUGGAUCGCGGCGGUCCUUCGGAAGCUUCGCGCAGAAGGUCUCAAAUCGUUUGAGGUAUCUGUUGAUGCCUGUCGAACGUGGAAGGAGCAGGUCAAGUCCGAAUUUCAGAAGAGCCUGAUGAAGGAGAGCCGUGCGUGGUGGACGGGGGCCACCAUACCCGGCAAGACGCAGGAGCCAAUGAUCUACUUCGGCGGGGUCAAGCAGUGGACGCAGGAGUGUCGACAGGCCUUGGCGGAUUGGUCUCGGUUCUCAGUGGAGGGCGUGUAA